AUGCCCCGAAAAUCCACCAGCAGUGUCGGCACCGGCACGGGCACCGGUACACCAGGCGACGAACACCCCCCAGCACCACCAACAACAACAACAGCAACACAAUCCCCUCCACCGAAUCCCAUCCAACUACCCGAAUCACAAGGCCAGAUGGUCGAGGCAACGGAGCAGCAGAUUAAAGCGAGGGCGAAUAUAGAGGUAUCCCUCCAUUCUCAUACCUUUUUCCUCAAAUUCAAAGUCAAGGUCAAGGACUACCUCCUCCCCCGCUCCCUCACCCUCCGUCUCGCAAAAUCCGUCUUGCCGCCGAAUACCUCCAUCCAGAAGGAUGCCGUCCUGGCGAUACAAAAGGCCGCGACGGUGUUUGUGUCGUAUUUGUCGGCGCA